GAGGCGGCGGAGCGGCGGCGGCCCCGGUGGCUGCGCCGCUCGACGGGGCCGGGCUGGGCGGGGCCGGACGUGAGCGAACUUCCGCGGGCGGCGGGGCCGCCAUGGCGGCAAAAAGUCCUGCUGAUAGUACUCCAAGAAGGCCUGUUUUAUCUGUCAGUGCAAGAAAAAUUAAAGAUAAUGCAGCAGACUGGCAUAAUUUAAUGAUGAAAUGGGAGAGACUGAAUGAUAGUGGAUUUACUACGGCAAACAAAAUAGUCAACAUGAAGAUCAGUGAGCAAUUUCAAGACAGAAAACUGGAGAUAGCAUGUGAUAACAGUGUCACAGAACCUGAAAAGCCAACCCCAAGAUACAACGAAGAACUGGACAAUUGCUGUGCAGAAUUACUCGAGACCUUAAAGCAGAUGACAAAAAUACAACUGAAAAUGGAAAAGCUUACUUUGACUACUAAAGGAAUUUGUGACUUGGAAGCAUUCCACCAUGGAGCCGGGAAUUGCACAGCACCCUUCUUUCAUACAUGGCCCACACCAUAUUUCUAUGAGGUCUCUUGGAAGCUCUCCGAAAUGUACAAGAAGGAACUACAACUCAAGCAAGCAAUUGUACAAGACAUAGCUCAUUCUGCUGACCAGGAUCUGCUGAUGGUGUAUUUAUCAUCGUGGUUAUACCAGCCUUACAUUGAGAACAGCAGCACACUGCUACUUGAAGCCAUGCUGCUGGAGACAGGACACAGAAAGUGCUAGAAUUCCAAAAGUUACAUGGCUGGCUUCUAAUGAUGCUUACAUGAAACUGAAAUGGCAAAUUGCAAGGCUUACCACGUAAGUUGAAUUUUUGUAAAACUUAUUAAAAAAGUUUUUCUCUG